CGUGUGACCCUUCUCCCUUCCUUAUGCCGCUCUCGCGCGCGUCCGUUCACACGGAGGUUGGCUCCUAUAAAAUAGACGGGUCGUGGGGGCGCCUGUUGUACCUUGUCGCCGAAAAGAUCUCUGCUUUUCGAUGCUGUGUUCCCCUCCCGCGGCUCUCUCUCGCUUCGUUUACUUGAGAAAUCUCUCGCACUCCGCCUCCCUCCGGCUCUCCAAACCCUGCUCGUCUCCCUCUCAAAGGACCCUCGUCUUCGCCCCUUCGAGGAUCUCUUCUUCUCCUUCGCGGAAUCUCCGUGGUGUCGGCUUCCCUUUCCCUGUUUCUUCUUCACCGGCGGCGUCUCCCCUGUUCUGUAGAUUCGCUUCCGAGAUGGCCAGCAAAUCCUCCCAGGCUACCCAAACCGUCCAUGACUUCACUGUGAAGGAUGCCAGGGGAAAUGAUGUGGACCUCAGCAUUUACAAGGGAAAGGUUCUGCUGAUUGUGAAUGUGGCAUCUCAAUGUGGGUUGACUAACUCGAAUUACACAGACCUGACUACGCUGUAUGAGAAGUACAAGGACAAGGGUCUUGAGAUUCUGGCUUUUCCAUGCAAUCAGUUCGGGGCACAAGAACCAGGAACCAAUGAGCAGAUCCUUGAAUUUGCUUGCACUAGAUUCAAAGCUGAGUACCCAAUCUUUGACAAGGUUGAUGUAAAUGGGAACAAUGCUGCACCUAUCUACAAGUUCCUGAAAUCCAGCAAAGGUAGUCUCUUUGGAGAUAGCAUUAAGUGGAAUUUCUCAAAGUUCUUGGUCGAUAAGGAAGGGCAUGUGGUGGACCGUUAUGCCCCGACUACUUCACCUCUGAGCAUUGAGAAGGAUGUCAAGAAGCUGCUGGGACUUAACUAAAUUUCACUUGUUUGGAGCCAUUUGCCAGGGUUUUGUAUCAUUUUCAGUCUUUGUUUGGUAAAAUAUGGCAUGAUUAAUGCUUCAGUGACUGCCAAUAAAACCGUUCAGGAUGUUUGUCUGUGCGCUGUUACACUUGACAAGUACUUCUGAGUGCGUAGGUGUUGAUAUUUGUGUCAUAAGAGUGUUGCUUGAGUUCUUUAGUUUAAAUGCUUAAUGAAUGUAUUGUUUUUAAGGAACAUAUAUGCUUAAUUUAUGCAUCUAUUUCUGCAGUUAACUAAUUUCUUUAGUAAA